AUGAUGCUAAACGAUCAAGAAAUCGUUGUUGAUAACAUGGUUGUUGAAGGUUACGAAGAAAUUGCAGUGGCUGAUAUGAAUGAACUUGUUGUCCAAAGCGAAGGUGGUAAUGAAUCGAUAGCUUAUGAAGAUGACGACAUGCGGAGUGAAGAUGGCGAUGGUUAUGGAGGAAUGUCACCGGAGUUAUACGCAGAUAUAGUUGAAUACAAAAGAACGGGUCUCGUCCCAAGUUCCAUUGACAAGAGGAUGGAUCGAAGUGCACCAAGUCAUUGGAGAUCGAAAUGCACUCGAUUUACGAUGGCAGAUGAUAACGAAACAUUGCUAUAUUACAACCCAACAAGCCCUGUUCAUGAUCAGCCAAAGGUUGUUGUCAAAAAAGGUGAAGUUCGCAAAGUAUUGGAAAGAAUUCAUGAACUCAUAGGUCAUCUUGGCCAGAAGCGAACACAGAUCGUCGUUUUACGUAAACUUUAUUGGCGUUCUGUACGUCAAGAUGUUAAAAAUUUUGUGAUAUCGUGCGAUUUUUGUAAUCAGAAAAAGUUGGAAGGCCGGAAGAUAGUAAAGUCACCUGUUGAUAUAACCAGUGAGAACUUCGAUAUCAACGUUUCUAUUCGAGAUAGCAGUUUACCAAAUGGAGACAGGCUUGAAUUUACUCUCGUCGGAUAUAAUGAACAAGAUGUACGUGAUGCAGCUUACACUCGAAUGACUUCCUAUACUUUUAAAGAAACCUCAAAUGAGUAUCGAUCCAGGUUUUCGCUUCGGGAACCACAGGUUCCGACAUUUCGUAGACAACCCUACAUUAAAAGAAACGGUGAUGUUGCUAUUGGAUUCUUACUUCCUUAUCAACAAAGAAGUCGAACUAUGGAACCUGAAUUUAUAGAAAUAUUUGAGCAAAGAAGUGUUCCGUACGCUGAAGAUGGCACCGAGUAUGAGCAAGUUGUUGAAGAAAUAGUUGAUUCGAUCGAUAUGAAGAGGCGACGAGGAGAUGGUCAGCCGAUCACACUCGAUGGUCAACAACUAAACAUGAAAUUCAAAGAGGAAGAAGUUGAAGAAGAAGUUGACAUGGACAGUUCAAUGAAUAGUUCUCAGGCUGGGCCUAGCAGAACUGCGCAAGCAUCGACUUCGACGGAUAAAAAUCCAAAUAAGGAUGCCGACCAGGAUAUGAAUCAAUCACAUACAGCAAAUCGAAUUCAACGUGAAAUGGAAGUGGAUGUCGAAGAGCAAGCACACACUAGUCGAAUACAAUCAAACCAGAUGGCGAAACAACAGGAGCAUCGAAUGCUGCGAUAUCCUGUUAAACGAUCCGAAGCCGAUGCUGAAUAUGUUCAAACAUCUCGCAGAAGGACGAAUGGAUCGACAACUACAACAAGUCUGACGAAGAAACGAAAGGGAGACCAACCGAGCAUAUCCGGAAUGGCUGCGAGAUUUAGUAUGGCUAUAGGAGACUCGAAUAAUAUCGAUACGAAAAUGAUGCAGUGUAACAAUCCAAAUUACGUCGCGCAGUUUGAUGGAAGUUCGUCGAGGCCUGAAUUAAUAGGACUUCCUCCAGUAUGUUUGAUGCCAUCGCUUGAUCCAGAAGUUACAUUAUUGCAAAAAGAGUUUCUUCAACGUCAAUUGAAAUUACAAAAGCUACAAGAGAAAAUACUUCAAUCACAAUAUGAUGCGUCGAUGCGUAUUCCGAUUACACGAUAUGUUCAGUCAACUGAACAUGAAGUUCAAGAGGAAAAUCUUGAAGAUCAAGAGUUGAAUGUGAUGGACGAACAUGGAAUGAACCAAGUAUACGAAGAAAAUCACAUUCAUCAAUAA